CAUUGGCAAAAAAUGUUGCUGCAAACAAAUCAUUAGAUUUUAAAUUUUAAUUGCCAUAUGUAACAUACUUGAAAUAAAAACAAAUACAUAUAUCCACCUUGACACAUUGCAUGAUAGAUUUUAAGAAUGUUGCACUGCUGAAUCUACAUUAUAUGAUAGAUUUUAAGAAUGCACCUCGAGUUCUUGACACAUCAAAUGAUGUCCGAGAAUUGUUUUACCAAGGAGAGAUUCUUAGGAAAGCGAGUUUCGAACUAAGUGUAUAUUCCCAAGCUCAUAAAAGCAUUCAAAUUGUAUUUAACAUAUAAAUUCGAUAAUAAUAUUUCACAACUAUCGCUAUGUAAUAUUUCAUUCUAAAUUGCAUUUUGACAUUUUUCUUAUUUAUGUUGCAGGUAUAGGUAACAAUUGUCAUUUCUAUUGUAAUAUUAAAUUUUUUUUUUCUAGAAUAAAAAAAAUUCGAGAAAGAUAAAUCCCCAUGUUUUAAUUUUUUUUUCUUUAUGUUUUUUGAAAUAAACAAGUGAACUACAAUACUACACCGUUUUAUAGAGAGAAAAAAGAAAGAAAGAUUAGAUAUUUUUGAAAACAAAUUCGAAACAGCCCUACCUCCACCCCCCACCAAAAUUUCGCGCCCUUUUAUGCCCUCAUUUCUCUCAGUCUCUCCGUCUCUCUCUUCCCACAGUAGCAACAGACCUCAGAGAUCAGAUCCCAGCGAAACGACGCCGUAAACCGCCCAAGAUGGUGUUCCUCCACCAACAACUCCCUUCCCGCAAGAGACCCGCCUCUUCUCUCGGCCCCCCUCCCCCUCCCCCCAAAUCCUCAAAACCCAAAACCACCGCCACCGCCACCGCCGCCUCAAAUUCAACACAAAACGACGCCGUCGAAACCCCCGCCGUCGAUAAAAUGGUCUCACUUUUAGCCGAGGCCGGUUGCACCCUCGUCAACCCCUCCGGCCCGCCGUGCCUCCCCUCCGAUCCUCACAAGCUCCGCCGCGACCUCCACCGCACAUUUUCCUCUUCCGAAAAUGCCCCUGCUCUCCGCUCCGAUUUCCUCAGCGGUCUCUCCUCCUACAUUCAAACCCCCAGAAACCUCCGCAGGGUUCUUACUGCUUCAACCAGAACCGAGAGCUUACUCCGGCACCUAUUGCUGGUCCCGUCGAUCCAAGUCGACAUUCAGAACAUGCUUCUCGAGAAGCUUCCGGAGUAUUUCCAUGUGGAUUCGGAUCAGAAUCCAUCGCUUUCUCUUGAAGAUGAUGUUGCUAGGCUUAUUAUCAACCACUUCCGGUGGCUCGAUUUCAUUGUUGAUUCUAAUGCAUUGGCUGAGAAAUUGAUGCAAGUGCUCUCGAUUUGCCCUUUGCAUUUGAAGAAGGAGAUCAUUGGAUCACUGCCGGAGAUUAUUGGGGAUCAGGAUAACAAGACUGUGGUUCAGUCUCUGGAGAAAAUGCUUGAAGAGGACUCGGCUGUAGUUGUGGCUGUGCUUGAUUCCUUCUCGAACCUUAAUUUGGAUAAUGAGUUGCAAGAACAGGUUAUCACCAUAGCAUUGUCCUGCAUCAGAACAAUUGAUGCGGAGCAUAUGCCCUACCUGCUUAGAUUUUUAUUGCUUUCAGCAACACCAUCGAAUGUAAGGCGAAUAAUCUCUCAGAUACGUGCGAAGCUGAAGUUUGUUGGUGUAUCAAGCCAUCAUGCAUCACAACAGAGUAAACUCAAAGGAAAGUCUCGGGUGGACAACACGGAGGCUUCUAUUCUUGAUGCCUUGAGAUCAAGUCUUAGAUUUAAGAAUAUACUGUGUCAGGAGAUCUUGAAAGACUUGAACUGUCUUGAGAAACCUCAGGAUCACAAAGUCAUUGACAUAUGGCUACUUAUGCUGAUAUACAUGAAUGGCGAAUCUUUGCAAAGGAGUGUUGAAAAGCUAUUUAAGAAAAAAGUUAUUGAAGAUUGUAUUCAGGAAGCUAUGUUUGAUCAAUGCAUUCAUGGGCACAAGGAGCUCGUACAGGAUUAUUUUCUAUCUUUCAUUUCUUUGUCCGAGUACCUGUUGGCUUGCAAAGAGCAGAAGGCCAGGCACUUUAGCAUUCAUAUGUAUGUUUGUCUCUUUGAGGAGUUUGAUGAUACUUAUUCAAGACAGGAAGUUCUUGGUUCACUAGUUACCCAUGUGGGCUCUAGUGUGGGUUUUGAAGUCAGUUCUUCUUUAGAGACCAUGAGGUUGCUGGUUUCCAAAUAUGCGCAGCAAUUAAUUCCUCUUUCUUCUCAUAUUAGUGGUAUCUUGGAUUAUUUAGAGGGAUUCAAUCUUGAAAAUCUGCACAAGGUCUACGAGAUUUUCAGCCAUCUGGCCCUUUUGGCUCGGUCAAGUGUAGAUUCAUAUGGUUCUUCUUUUGCAAAUGAGCUUUUCAUGAUAGUACGUAAGCAGGUUAGUCAUCCAGAUCUGAACUACAAGAAGAUGGGCCUUGUUGGGACUCUGAAGAUAGUUUCCUGUCUAGGAUAUGCAGCUAAUGUUACAUAUCCAUCCCCAUCUCAGAAAUCAAACUGUGAUGAGGCUCUGGAACUCUUGAAAACAGCUUUGGACUCUUGCAAACAGUUGCCCUUACCUCUGAUCAUGUUUUAUGACGAACUGACUGAAAUGAUGGAUAAUAACACACUUGAUCCAAUAGUUAUGGAAUGGAUUGGCAAACAUGUAGGAGAGUUUGAAUCUAUAUUUCUUUCUGAUCUUGACGGUGGGAAAUUAGCAGCCAACGAAUCUUAUUGUGGUGUAGAAGGUGAACUGUGGAUGAACUUGGACGGUGAUAUAUCUCCUAUUUGUCUAAACAUUUUGCCAUUGGCUUCGUCUACAUUGCAGUCUGCUUCUUCUUUACAAGUUCUUCCUGCUAACUUCCUUCUAUUAUCUGCAAUUGAAAGGUUGACAAAUCAAGGAUCUCUUGGUGGAAUUGAUGCAAUACUGGGCUGUCCUCUCCACCUCCCUUCUUCAAAGUAUUUCUUUGGAUCUGAGUGGCAGUCUCUCACAGGGAAGCAGAAACAGAUUGUAUGUGGCUCUCUAUUUUAUGCUUCUAAUUGGAUACGGGAACUACUCAAUGCCUUCUGUACACAAAUCACCGGAAGAUUUGAAUUUACAAGUCAGGCUACUAAGGAGGACAUAAUUGCCAAGCUUUUGAAGCGUGUGAGGAAUCUUAUAUUUUUGGAAAGCUUAUUAAACAAUUGUAUUGAGAGGUACUCUCUACAUCUUCCUGAACUUCAUCCAUAUGCGGAUAUCAAUCAGUCUUCUCUCUUAAACCAACCUCACCAUAUGAGGCACACUGAAAAGAAACUCGAGCAUAAGAAGACACAAGAGGACAUCUCUCCAAGCGGCGCGAGGAGAAAUAAUAAGACCUCAAAAGCAUCAACAACAUCAGAUACUAUGGGAAAACUCCGGCAGCCCACAUUAUUUGAUGUCUUGGAGAAAGCGGGAGUUAUAACAGGCCAAGAGGUGCCAAAUGAGGAUUCUUCUGGUUUAUCUACAAAGGGAAGGUCAUCUGAGUCAUCUCAGAAAAAUCCCUGUGACUUUAAUGAGGCUGCCAUUAUAGAAAUGUCUUCUGUUGCCAAGGCCCUUGAAGCUCAGAGAUCUAAAUUCAGACCUCUCCUGGUUCAAUGUUAUUCAGUUUUAGCAAUUUCAAAGAGUGAAGCGUCCUGUUGCUCUGAUGCUGCAGCUGAGUUACCCCUACAUCUGUACCUUCUGCGUGAUCUGCACAACAAGCUGGAGUACUUCAAUCCUGGAAAACAGUUGUGGGGUAAAUGCUUGAGUGGUCCAGUUGGGUUCACAAGGAUGACAUUAGAUGAAUUCGUGAGCAGAAUUGAACCACUCUUUCCAAGUCUUAAGAAACAUUUGGAUAGUGCAGUUUGGUUACUUAAAGAAGGUGAUGAAACUUGUGAAGAACAUUGGAAUAAUGAAUCUACUGCUGCUGGAAAUCCAGACAUUCCCAAUCUUGUACUUUCAAACUACACAGCUUCUACUUCAGUAUUCAAAGAAGUACUUCAUUGUUUCAGUGCGAUAUUAAACCUUCCUGGUCUUCAAACAGACAAGCCAGCUCUCUCACACCUGCUAGAAGCAUUUCAGCCCGAUAAGAUUCCAGAUGGUUUUUUUGCAGGGAUACAGCCUAACCUUUCUCCUGGGACUGCAGAAUAUUUAUAUUUUGGAGCUUAUUCAUUCUUUGAAGGUGUCUUGGACAUAGCAUGUUCUUUCUCCUUUAUGCUGGCUUCAGAGUCACUUUUUACUCUAGAAUCGGUUGUAACCUCAGUCCAGAAAUUUGUCAGUAAGUUGGAGGGAAAUGGUAAAGGCAUGCAGUACGGAUUUAUCCAGGAGGCUGUUCCUACUUUGCGCAGAAAACUUGGUACUUCUGCGGAGAAGAUUUUAAGGCAUAGAUGGGAUGAUGACAAUCUUGAUAAUGGUUGGAAGAGCAAAGGAGAAACAGUACAGAAGAUAUUGCGUAUUUACCUGGAUAAUAGCGGCUCUACUCCUGAUCUGCUGGAUGAGCUCUCCUGCUGUAUUUUACCCCAGGCUUCUUUUGGCAAAGGAAAGGAAGAAGAUGAUCGUCAUGGUUUUCCUUCUCUAUCUUCUGGAACAUUUGGUGUAUGGUACAAGAUAUUGCAUGAAGAGAAUCUUACCGUUCUUAACAAAUUGGUCAAGGAAGCUACUACCCUGAAGCGACCGAGAGCUGGCGCACAACACGAAACUAUUGAAAAGCUUCUGAUCAAGCUACACCAGUGUGUAAAUGUGGUUGUAUCACUAGUUAACCUUUGUAAGACUCAUGACAAGGUGACCUUGCAUGCCAUGGCUGUUGGGUAUGGUGGGAAGUUCGUUGAUUCCUUCCUGAAAGUUUUUGACUUCUUACAGUCCCACUUCCAAGUGCACAACGAGCAGAUAAUCAACUUGGUUUUAGAGCUUCAAAAAGCCACAAGAACAAUACAGACCCUAUGUUCUGAAGCAAAGGGCUUGAGACAAACAAGUAUAACCAGAAAAAUCCCUGCUACAAAGAGAUCUAUGGAACGCUUUUUGUUCUGUGUGAAAGCUCUUCUCCACACUGCCCCAAGCGGCCUUACUUUCUGGAUGGGAAAUUUGAAGCAUAAAAAUUUGACGGGUGAGGUCGUGAGUUCCCAAGUAUAUGCGGGUCAUGAUAACGAGAACAGUGCUGAUGAGGAGCCAGAUGAAGCUGUUGAUGAAUAUCCACCGGAGAGUGUUGCGGUUGAAGAGGACACAGAGACAUUGACCGAAUGAAAGUGCUUGGUAUCAAAAGCGCUUUGAACGCAUCAAAAAAACUCUUUUGCAGGACCUCCUUUGUAGAGAGUAACAUAUAUUGAAUGGAGUAAGUAACACAUGCUGAUCAACUUGUAGCCAGAAAUGGUGAUAAAAGGGAAGGGCAACAAAUGGUACUCAUUGAAGCUUUUAACCAUGAAAAUCGUAGCUUUAUGACUAGGUCACUAGGUGGACUAAUUGUAAAUUAUAUCUAUACAUUUUAUUUAAUAGAAUUUGACAAGUAAUAUUGUAAAUGUGAUUCUAUUAUGAGAUUGACUUUAGUUAUUUAGGUGCAGUCAUGCAUCAAGUGUUGGUGCAUGUGUCUUGCACAUUAUACCUGUAAUUUAAAUUAAAUGAAAUCAUAAUGGAUAAAAAAGUAAAUGGUUAAAAAAAUAUAUAUAUUUAGAUCAUGAAAUGUAAUGAAUGAUUAUUCAACU